GACAUUGAGACAGCCUCCGAGUUGUAAACAAGGACGAGCCUGGGCGGGACCCCAGCCCAGGCGACUCGGAGCCCUGUCCCAAGAGGCUAAUCUUAAGCCCACGUUGCCCCAGAUAUCUGUUUCUGCUUCCUCUUCCCUGUUCUUCCCACCCUUUUUCCGUCACAGCCGCGGGCACCGGUGCCAGGGCACUCCGUGGUCACCGUGCCAGGCCAUUCCGUGAUGACCGCGGCCGGAGGGGCGGAGCCCAUAGUUCUUUCUCUGAUCUGAUUGGCGCGGCCUGGAGUUCAGGACGCGUUUCCAAGUUCCAGUGACUCCUCCUGUUUGGGACUCGGGGGGAGAGUGCGGGGAGACAAAUAAAACCUCGGGCGGCGGCGGCUGGUGGGAAGACUUGAACUUGUGUCUCGACCCACUGCAUCUCCGACUCUCUGCCCAGACUCUUCACUCCGCGGCACCCUCAAACCCCAGCCCAGCCCGGGGCGCACGAACCAGCCAGCGCACCUGCAGUCCUCGCCCUGACGCGCCGCGCCCCCUCGGAACCAGGCUCUGCUCCGAGCAGCCUUCGCCCCUCAAGCCAGCCACAGUCCCUGCCAGGCCGGGUGGGCGUCAAGAUGAAGGCGGCCCGCUUCGUGCUGCGCAGCGCUGGCUCGCUCAACGGCGCCGGCCUGGUGCCCCGAGAGGUGGAGCAUUUCUCGCGCUACAGCCCGUCCCCGCUGUCCAUGAAGCAGCUACUGGACUUUGGUUCAGAAAAUGCAUGUGAAAGAACUUCUUUUGCAUUUUUGCGACAAGAAUUGCCUGUGAGACUCGCCAACAUUCUGAAGGAAAUUGAUAUCCUCCCGACCCAAUUAGUAAAUACCUCUUCAGUGCAAUUGGUUAAAAGCUGGUAUAUACAGAGCCUGAUGGAUUUGGUGGAAUUCCAUGAGAAAAGCCCAGAUGACCAGAAAGCAUUAUCAGACUUUGUAGAUACACUCAUCAAAGUUCGAAAUAGACACCAUAAUGUAGUCCCUACAAUGGCACAAGGAAUCAUAGAGUAUAAAGAUGCCUGUACAGUUGACCCAGUCACCAAUCAAAAUCUUCAAUAUUUCUUGGAUCGAUUUUACAUGAACCGUAUUUCUACUCGGAUGCUGAUGAACCAGCACAUUCUUAUAUUUAGUGACUCACAGACAGGAAACCCAAGCCACAUUGGAAGCAUUGAUCCUAACUGUGAUGUGGUAGCAGUGGUCCAAGAUGCCUUUGAGUGUUCAAGGAUGCUCUGUGAUCAGUAUUAUUUAACAUCUCCAGAAUUAAAGCUUACACAAGUGAAUGGAAAAUUUCCAGACCAACCAAUUCACAUCGUGUAUGUUCCUUCUCACCUCCAUCAUAUGCUCUUUGAACUAUUUAAGAAUGCAAUGAGGGCAACAGUUGAACACCAGGAAAAUCAGCCUUCCCUUACACCAAUAGAGGUUAUCGUUGUCUUGGGAAAAGAAGACCUUACCAUUAAGAUUUCAGACAGAGGAGGUGGUGUUCCCCUGAGAAUUAUUGACCGCCUCUUUAGUUAUACAUACUCCACUGCACCAACGCCUGUGAUGGAUAAUUCCCGGAAUGCUCCUUUGGCUGGUUUUGGUUACGGCUUGCCAAUUUCUCGUCUGUAUGCCAAGUACUUUCAAGGAGAUCUGAAUCUCUACUCUUUAUCAGGAUAUGGAACAGAUGCUAUCAUCUACUUAAAGGCUUUGUCUUCUGAGUCUGUAGAAAAACUUCCAGUUUUUAACAAGUCAGCCUUCAAACAUUAUCAGAUGAGCUCUGAGGCGGAUGACUGGUGUAUCCCAAGCAGGGAACCAAAGAACCUGGCAAAAGAAGUGGCCAUGUGAAGAGGGACACUCAGGACACUUUAUGGGAUCAAAGUGGGUCUGCACCAGUGCUGCUUCCUGAAUGUUUGUGUGCGAACCCUUGUUUCCUCCAAAACAAACGACAGCAACAAAAACUCCUUAAUCAGAACACUGAUCCAAUGAGGAAUGGAGCUUGUUUCUGUGACCCAGGAGAACUUAGUGCAAGACUACAGGAGUUAACAGAUGGCCAGCUCCUUAUUUUUUAAUGUAGAAUAACUCCUGAGUUUAUAUCAAAUCCCGAAGAAAUAAGCCUCAGUUUUCCAUCUGUUUUUGAUAAGAAUAAGAAAGGGAGUGAGUGUGAAGAUGGUGGUUAGCAGUUUCACUAGACUGAUAUUUUAGGCCUCUUGUUCACAUCAAAAGAUAUUGGUGUCAGAAUACCAGCAUUUUCCUGCCAUGCAAAGGAUUAAAACUUAGUUUACACAAUGUGGUUAGAAAUAUAUGUCAAUGUACAUUUUGAACAUAUUUAUGUGCUCUGGAAGGAAAUGCUGGUGACUAAAAUAAGGUUUACUCUGAAAGAGGAGGAAUUUUAUUCAAAGCAUUCAAACAUUUUAUUCAAGUGUUUCAAAAUUCAAAGCAUUGUAUUCAAAGUUGCAGUGAAGGCAUCAACUUAUGUAAAAACUCAGAAGGAAGGCUCCUCUGAUAAAAACACAGCUCCUUUAUUAUGCUGCUUUUCUUGUUCACUUUACACACUAAGUAAACACUUAUUGUCAGGUGCCUAGUCUUGAGUGAAUUGUUAGAUGUGCACUGAACUCGGGAUGUUGGGGAUUGGAGAGAGAGAAUUGCCAAAGUAACAGCAAAAAUGUCUCUUACUUUGCUUUGUUUAUAAAUAAAUUAGUAGAUUGGAAAAACUAGUGUUAGGGAAAGAAAUCACAUGUUCAGAGCCUAAUUCAGUAGGAAGGGCUUUUCUCUACCCUGAAAUGAUGGUAAUCCAAAGGCAUCCAUUUUCUAGGCUUAAAAGAUAUAUUUUUGAUAUAUUUAAUUAUAUUCUCUACACUCCAGCAUUAAUAUGUCUGUUUAAAAAUUACUAAUUCUCAAAUGGCUCAAGAACAUUAGAAUUUAAGUACCUUUUAGAGUAAUUUUUUUAAGCAAAUAGCCUGGACGUAAGAGAUUCUCAUGCCAGCAUGCUUUCAUUUGUCAAUUGUUGUGACUGAGAGCUAAUGAAUGACACCUGAAAUGCAUAUGGUAUUUUUGGGAGAGUUAAGGUAUAAUUUGAAGGUUGGCAGACCAGUCGUGCUGAUUACUCUUAGAGAAGAAGAAAUGGAAAAAUGAAAGAAGGCAGGAAGGAAAGAAAGGAUAUAGGAAGAGAGGGAAGCAGAAGGCAGGCAUUUUUCUAUUUUUCCCACAAAUUAUUUCAAAAAAAAUCUAUAUUUUCUGGGAUAUGUCAUUGGCAAGAGGAAGAACUGGUGUUUUGAAAGCAGUAUGGAUUCUUUAAAUGCCUCUCACUCUUACAAGAUAGUAGGCUUUGAGAUAAUAAACUUACCCGUGUCAAUUAACAUUUAAACUGGCAUAUAGAAAAAAAGGAGGAUUUUUCUGCAUUGUAAAAUAAUCAGUAUGGUUUAUAUGUUGAAUUUGACAUUUGUGUGUAAUUUCAUGGUGGCCUAGUGUUGUGGUGCUUCUGGUAAUGGUAAUAGAAGCUCAACUAUUUUUUUGUGGAUUUCAGUUUUUAUCAUCAGAAGUCCUAGACAGUGACAUUUCUUAAUGGUGGGAGUCCAGCUCAUGCAUUUCUGAUUAUACAAAACAGUUUGCAGUAAGUUAUUUGUCAUUUCAGUUUUUUACUGAAAUUUGAGCUAAACAUUUUUACAUGUAAAUACUUGUAUUUACCAAAGAUUUAAAUCAGUUGAUUAAUUAAUUAACUCAAAUACUGUGAACUAUCUUUAAAACACUAGAAAAAAGAAAUGUUACUAUCUCAAUUACACCAACUGUGCAAAUGAACUUUGAUAAAAUAGAAAUAAUCUACAUUGGCAUUUGUGAAAUCUGGGGAAGAGCUUUAGGAUUCUAGUAGAUGGAUACUGAAUACUCAGGCCCACUUAAAUUAUUAAUGUAUACAUUGUGUUUUUGUCUUUAUGCUAUGUACAGAGAAAUGUGAUAAUUUUUUAUAAUAAAUAUUUUUUAUGAUGAUAAAA